GUUCAUCUAAUAAUAUCAGUUUUUAUUAUGAAACAGUCUCUCCUGCUGUAUCAGCAAUACCAAUUUGUGAUGAUGAACUAAUAUACAUCAGCAUUAAUCUCAGCACUAUAUGUGAAAGGCAGUAUCCUGAUUCUAUAGCAGUUAUUAUACUCAAUAGUGAUAGCAGUAUAAUAAAAAAUGUUACUAUUAUACCACAAGUUAAUUAUCAACAGAUGAUAGCAACUGGAAAUACUUCAAUACCAUCUUGCAAUGAUACAUUUAUUGUUAAUGUAUCAUUGAGUAAUACUGAAGGAACUCUUAAUGAAAUGUCACAUUUUGUUUAUCUUGGACCAGUUACUAACAUUGACUUCUCAGUUGUUAAUUGUUCUACUAUUGAUAUAACAUGGACUGCUCCUACAGUUGAUGAUAGAGUACCUAUACUGUAUUACAUACUAAGGAUAUAUGAUGCUAUUACUGGUAGUCUAGUGGAUACUGUAUCAGUAUAUAAUACCAGUUACCAGUUUGUGGAUAAUAAUUUAUUUAUCCAUAGUUACACAUAUGUUAUAGCUGGAGUUAAUGAAUUCCACAGAGAAGGAAUAUCUAAUAAUAAUACAUUCUCAAAUCAAAGAGUUCCAAUAUUAGCAGUGGAGAUGGUGAAUUAUGCACAAGAUCAAACAGCUACUGUUAGUAUUGUUCAUUACAACAUCUCAGUCAGUAUAUAAAAUAAUUAUAUA